AUGCCUGUGCUGUACACGAACGGCAAGCGCGGCUAUGCCGAGCAGAUUCGCCUGAUGUUCCACGAGGCGGGUAUCAAGUUUGACGAGAAGGUGGUCGACGAAGCCGAUUUUGCAAAGACGGGCAAGCUCAUCUUCAACAAGCUCCCCAUGCUGGACUGGGACGGCUUUACCCUCUGCGAGAGUGCCGCCAUCUUGGAGCAUGUCGCCGUCAAGGCUGAUGAGCAGGGCUCUGGUCGCGGCAACACAUAUCUCGGUGGCAACGAGGACGAACGCUCCCUUGCACGCUCCCUCGCCUACGGCGCGAACCAGCUCCGUCGCCAGCUGUAUGAGCAGUACCUGGACAUGGGUCCCAAGCAGAACCAGAGCGCGUUCACACAAACCACGCUGCCCGCCUGGCUCUCACACCUCAACAAGCUUGCGGUGACCACGGAGUCUGACGACCUUGGGCUUGGGCCCGGUGUCAACUUCACCUUUGGCGAUGUCGCCAUGUUUGACGCGCUGGACCAGGUUGUCACCGUCUUUGGUGAGAGCGUCCUCGCCGACUACAGAGAGCUCAAGGCUUACUUCGACCGCUGUGCCACCCGCCCUCGCUUCCGCAUGUUCCUCGCCAACCGCCCCGAGCGCGCCACGUCUGCGCAGUAACCUGUACGCUGCAGUCCUGUGCGUUGUGUUGCGGCGUGAGCAUUACAU